AUGACUCGCCGUCACCGCCCUCUCUUCCACAUGGUUCUCGUGUUGGUGGUGGUGCUGCUUGUGGUGCACAGCAGUGCUCCUGCGGCGGCGCUCACCGGGUCGGCUCCGUGUCCCGCCACGGCGGAAGCUGCGGCGGAGUGGUGCAUCAAGUGGUUUGGCGGCGCUGGCGGCACCGUUACGGCUGGGACGUGGAACGAAGCCUUUUUCUCGUGCGUGUGCAACGGCGCUGUGUCGCUGAGAAUCGACCGUCAUCUCUCCCCGAUUAUUGAAAGCGGGCAGAAAUGGUUGCCUAGUGUUGCUUCGCCGAGCUUAGCGGGGUCGUCCUCGUCACUUGAUGAAUUCUCCUCCUCCGCACUCAACAACUCAGGGUCGUCCUCGUCAUUACGCCCUGACUGGGCCUCAUCCUUGCGAUGGUUGCUGGCCCGAUUCUCGUCCUCAAUGACGGAGGACUACACCUGCCAGUGGACUGGCUUUUUCUCAGAGUACCCGGAUGGCGUGCAAUGCCUGCCCAGCACUGGAGUGUGUCCCACUACUUGCACCGUCAUGCCACCGUACCUCUGCGAGGGCCAGCAGGCAGGCAGCUGCACUGUCGGCAGCAACGGCACGCUUCUGUACAGCUGCUCAACCUGCACUGGACGGCUAUUCACCAUUAAUACGACAGGUCCAGACACGUGCAACCGCGCGUACACGGAGGAGCUAUGCGACCCGGAGAUUGACUGCAGCGGUCACGGGUGUUGCGCCACGGACCACGUCGAGUCCUCGAGCAGCUCCGAAGCUGAGAACGUGUGCAAGUGUUUCGCGAACCGUUCGCAUGGCUUCUAUGCCGGGAGCAACUGCGCUGCAUGCGCGUCAGGCUACUAUGUGAACUCCGAGGGGAUUUGCAAGACGCACGUGCAGCCAGGGCAGGUUUUGCUAGCGUCAAUUGCCACGACGUGGACGAUGGUGUCCCCCAACUUAGCGGUGCUCUUCCUCUUCGUCAUUUUCAGCAUGGUGCGCAAGCUGAAUGCGUCGGACCGGCCUUUCGAACUGACGGGAUUGCGACGGGCAAACCUGUCCUCGGUGCACGUGGCGCGGCGGCGACAGCAGAGCCUCUUCCACUCCAAAUACAUCCCGAUGCGGCCGGCGAAGAGCCGCUCCUUUGCGAAUCCGAACCAGCCCCGCGCCCGGGGACCGUCUGCGUAUUGA